UGCACAAUAAUCAAAACAGUCCGCUUCGGUUCUGCUGGUUGGAGUUGCGGUUGAGGAAUUUCCUAGAUUCGUAGUUCCACAAUUCGAUUGAACGGUGAUCAGUGGACAGAUUCUUUGUGUCUUUUGUGCGAUUCCAAGUACCCGGGUGAGGAUAACCGAGACUAAAACACCAGAACAGAAGGUGCGAAAGAAAAGGUCAUACGAAGAAAAGUGUCCGCAGGAUCUCAAGUUCAUGGUCAGCAGUGUGCCGUGAAAGUUAAAGAGACAUAGUAAAAAGUAAAAGUGCAACUGUACUUAUCCGACAAAAAGUUCGAAAAUGAUUCGCAACAUGAAACCAAUCUCCGCAGUUUUAGUGAUCGGAGUGUUUCUGAGCAUGGAUGCCGUUCAGGGAAAAUUACCUUCGGCCAUCAAAGUGUGCUCGCGCAACGAUCCGGACCUGCCGAAUUGCAUCACGAAAUCGGUUCUCUCGCUCAAGCCACAACUGGCGACCGGAAAGUUUUCCGACGAUUUUACGAUCCCGCCGCUGGAACCGUUGGCGCUGGCCAACAUCAACAUGGACCAGGGUCAGGAGUUCAAGGCGACCUUCAGCAAUUUGCUGGUGAACGGCCCCAGUCAGUUCCAGAUCGAUAAUUUGAAAGUCAACAUCGAGAAGCUGACAUUCGACUUCAACGUCUACCUGCCGAAGCUCUCCUUCCGUGGAAAGUAUGACCUCAAGAUGCGGCUGCUGCUGCUCAACAUCGCCGGCAGUGGCGACCUGAAGGGUACAAUCGAAAACUCUCGUGCACGUGUCAAGCUGUACAACGAGAAGUACGAGAAGGACGGUGAGACGUACAUGCGAGUGAAACGGUUGCUUGUCAAGAUCCAGAUCGAGAAGGGUCAGUUCGACCUGAAGGACCUGUUCAACGGAGAUCCGGUGCUGAGUCAAGUGGGCAACCAGUUUAUCAACGAUAACUCGCGGCUCUUCCUGGACGAGCUGACGCCCGGUUUGGAGCGAAGUCUUUCGGAGACCUUCAAAAAUACGGCAAACGAAAUCUUGCAGACGGCAACCAUGAACGACAUCUUCCCGGAGUGAAGAAACCGAGGACCGAUGAUGACCCCCCUGUCCGAUGGGGGUACGGCAUCUAAGACCAAACCAAAAACAAAAAAGAGCACUCUCAAGCCUCCUAAUUACAUACCUAAUUUCUACUAUUCAGUCUGAGAGACUUUGGCGCACGGUUUUUUCGUCUCGAGUGCUGACAAGGAUGACUUCGUAGCGGUCGCAGUACUCAGCAAUCUCUCAGAUUCCGGGGCGCAGGUUCUACUUAGUGCAUGCUGCGACGAUGCUGCUGUCUGUGAUUCAUAUUUGUUUGUGCGUAAUUAUCUUAUGAGUGUUAACGAAUUUUACUUUUGUAAGCAUGUAGCGGUAAAGAGCUUUGGGUAAAAACGAAACCAGAACCGGUGAAACCAGGGGGGAGGGGAAACAAACGAUUGUUGUUCUCGCCCAAACAAACGUUCUGACCGAAAAAAUAUAUAAAAAGAUGAAACAAGUAAUUUUACAAACUGAUUUCGUCAUUCGUCAUUGUU